AUGGAGACCAUAGAGUUCAUACUCCAGCUACUGUCCGCCGUAUUCGCUGCACUGGGAAUCAUCGUCACCAUCGGCAGCAUUGACAGAAGAUGGUCCCUAGCCGCCAUCAUCUACCGGAAGAUAUGUAGCAAAGACAUUGACUGGGAAGCCGAGAGAAGGAGAUGGCAAGACGCCUACCGCAUCGAUGUCGACAUUGAGAACCUUUCACAUGAAUACCAGCAGGAGUCAGAAGGACGAUCCACACUACUGCGGACGUGGUCGAAUCGGUUGGAUAACACAGUUGUUGCAGGUCACGGUGUCAAUUGCGACGAGCCUACUGACACGUCGGUACUGCGGCUUCCACCCAUGACAGAGAUAGAGACUCUACUAUGCCUAGGUUCCAAAGAACCGACCACUCCGCCAGACAAUGUUACGCACCCUGAGAGGAAGGUACGGAACUGGGACAAGCAACCAUCCAAGCCGAGAUGUCGCAGCUAUGCCAAGGACAUGUUGCGACAGCCUCUCGUCAUGUGCUCGUCUAGACGCGGAGGCAGGAGACGGUUGGCAACCUCGGGCAGAGAACCUGUAAGCUUCAACGAGGUGUGCAAAACUGCCGGGUGA